GUGGAGAGAGAAAGGCCGGUGCGCUCCGUACGGACGUCGCCUGCUGAAUUGGAUGCGCCCAUUGCAAGAAGAGAGGCUUCUGGCCUCCGCGGGGCGACCAGCCCGGGGAGCGCUUUCCUCUUCGCCGCCCGCCGUCGAGUGCAACCUUGAAGGAAAGCUAAGAAAGUCCUCCACACUUCCUUUUCCCCUUUAUGAGGUUCUUUGGAAAAAAGAAACAAAAACUCUGAAAACUUCGAAGGACGCCAAAACCGGCACAGGAGCUGCCAGGCCCGCCUCUCCAUUUCAGGGCAAGGCACAAAACCAUGGAAAAGGGUUUGGAAGGCUCUGGAAAAGUCCCGCGCAUUGUCCAGGUGAUGUAUUUUAAAGGAGUGCCAAAGCAGCCGAACCAACAGCCAGAACCGGGUUUACCCCAGCAGUGGGAAGCCCAGUGGCAGGAAUUUCUGAACACGUUGCAACCCUCCCACACGGGGUGGGGAAACCCCCAGUUAACCGAUAUGGCGCCCUGGGAUGAUCCUCGGGCCUUUCUGAUGGCCUUUGAACAAGUGGCCGAAGCUUGCCAGUGGCCCCGAGAAGAAUGGGUGCGCCAGCUGCUGCCGGCCUUGCGGACAGGAAUGGAACAAUCCUUCUGCAGACUGGAUGGCCGGGAUCGGAGCGACUACACGAAGGUGAAGGCCGCCAUCCUGCGAGCGGAAGCUCUCCGUAUGGAAAUGAAACGCCAGCAUUUCCGGCAGUGCUCCUACCAGGAGCUGGAAGGACCCCGCAGGGUGUACAGCCAACUCCAGGAUCUUUGCCGCCAGUGGUUGAAACCUGAGAGCCACACCAAGGAGCAGAUCCUAGAGAUGAUCAUCCAAGAACAGCUUCUGGGAAUGCUGCCCGCUGAAGCCCAGAACUGGGUGCGGGAAUGCGGGCCAAAGGACUGCGUCGAGAUGGUAGCGUUGGCAGAAGAGUUCCUGAUGAGUCACCGUCACGCACCCAGGACCUGCGACUGGCAGGUUCCUUUGCCAGAGGUCUCAGUUAGUUCCCUGGAGGCCGAGGGGAGGCCGAGGCAGCAGUACAACCCUGGAGCCAGUGAAAUGACACCCACAAGGAACUCGGUGUUAGCCCACCCAUCAUCAGCUGGACUGGAAAUGGCUGAGACUGGAACCACUGAGGAGCCUGUACGGAUAAAGGAGGAGUUAAGUCUCGAUCAAAAGCCCAUACACUGGGAAGUCAUGCGUGGUAGUGCCGGCAGCUCCAGUACUUUGGAAGGACUCCUGGUUCCUACACCCGAAGUCAACUCCCAAACUGAUCAAUCACAAGCCACCUUCCAGGAAAGGCCUGAACACGGGGACCAAAAUCCUGAUGCCCUAUUUGGUGGAAGAAUCAUAGGGGAGAUCAAAAUAGAGACUUUUCAGCAGGCCAUUUCAGAGGCAGAAGAUGACUUUGAGACCCUGCAAGAAGAGGAAUCCUCGGGCACCACUUCCUUGAAUCCGGAGUCUUCCCCGCUUGAUCCCAAGAAACCGCUGGGCGCAAGGCAGCAGAAAGAGGUGCAGAAGAAAUGCACCCGACGUCGGAGAAGAGCCUUUAAGAAAAAAAACAAAUAUUACCCAUUGGAGAAGAAGUACACCUGUUCUGAGUGCGGACACAAAUGUCACUAUUACUCGGAUCUGCUAAGACACAUGAAAAGCCACGCAGCAAAAGUGGUGUUCGAGUGCCUUGAAUGUGGGAAAACAUACCGAGGCAGGUCAUAUUUUGAGAAUCACCAGAAGAUUCACCUUCCACUGGAUGAUACCAACAGAUGCAUGGGAAGAGCCGGGAUGAGAAACUCUGGCGGCCAAAUGAAAGAGAAAUACACCUGCUUUACAUGCGGCAUCGUUAAAAGUAGCCAGUCAGGACUCACCGAACACAUGAAAGUCCACACCGAUGAGAAAUCUUACCAAUGUCCCGAGUGUGGGAAGUGGUUCAAGUGGAAAUCCAACUUGUCUCGGCACCGGAGACUCCACACCAACAGGAAGUUUUCCUCGCGGCAGUUAAUGCAGAGAGGUGCCAGUGAAUCUAAUCAGGGCCAAAGCAAUUCUACGCAGGCGCAAAAGUCCCCGCUGGAAUUGCUGGGAGAGCUCUCCACGGUUUCGCUGAUUGCUGUCAGCGAUGCUAACCCUGUUUCCAGGCUGCGUCCGAGGAAGUCCCGAGGAGUGGAGCGCUCUCAAAUAUAUGGGCUGAAAAGCUUAAAGGUGAUGCUGAAGAAACUUCCGAGCCCUCAGAAAGGGAAAUCCAAGGGCCCCGAUGAUUGUGAUCGUAGAGCUACCGAGCUUUUCAAAACCAUUAAACGCAGGACCGUCCGUGCAGGGGAGAGGUCCUACGAUUGCUCUGAUUGUGGGAAAGCCUUCAGCAGGCCAUCUCAUCUUUAUCAACAUGAGAAAGGCACUGCAUGUCGUAAAGAGAGGCCCAUUUCCGAUUCCAUUUUUGCAGAGGAGAUUCCCUGUGGAGGGGAGGAAGAGUCGAGAAGUACAUGUCCUCUGCAGCAAAAUAUCAAAUUGGAAGACGAAGGUGAUGAUCAACAGUCUCCGACGGUCUAUCAGGAGGAAGGACAAACUGCGAACGAGCCCUCCGAACACCAGAACACAAAAAUGCAUGCCUGCACAAAAUGUGGCUACCAAGCUGAAAAAUUAUCGGACAUUCUGAAGCAUUUCAGGGUCCAUAACAAGGAAAAACCUUACAGAUACUUGGACUGCGGGAACUCCUUUGGAUGGUCCUCAACCCUCACGAAGCAUCAGCAGCCCCAUGUAGCCAGUCCGCAAAUGCCGGUGCCCAACGUUGUUGCCGAAUGCGACGUGACGCUUAGUGAUGAUGAGGAAUUGAUUAACUUCUUAGCGAAGAAGCCUCCACGGCAAGAAGCGGGCUUGCAGAAUUGUCCAAAGAGGUCAUCCAAACGCUCCCCAGCCGCCGUUCCCCCAAGCUCCGCGCCUUCCAAGUUGAAGGCCUCGCUUCCCUUCCGUUCCCGGGAACGGAACGGGAAAGGCAAACCCAUUCCUUGCCAAAACAACGUGAAGAAAACCCGGCAUGACGGUCUCGAGAAGAAACACGUGUGUCUGGAUUGCGGGCAUCGUACCUAUUACCUGUCCGAUCUCGUGAGGCACAAAAACAGUCACCCGAAUGGGAAGCCUUACAAGUGCCCGGAGUGCGAGAAAAUCUUUGCCCAACCGUCCUUCCUCAAAAUUCAUCUGAAAGCGCACAAGCCAGGGGGGAAACCCAUGAAACGGCUAAAAGCCCCCCAAGGAGAGAGGAAAUACACCUGCUCCAAAUGCGGACACAAAACCUACAAAUUGUCCACUCACCUCUUACAUAUGAGAGCCCACGUGGGAGAAAGCGAGAAGUCUUACCUAUGUGACGAGUGUGGGAAAGAGUUCAAGAGGAGCUCGAACCUUUCCAGGCACAAGCGAAUCCACAACCGUAACAACGAAGGCUUUAAGAUCCGAAGACCCUCCUUCACGCAGGAUAAAGAGAUAAACAGAAGUUAUGAGGAACCAAAGAAAACCGCUCAAGCCCAUCUGAAGAAAAUAAGCGGUCGAUCGCCAGCCUCCACCGCAUCGAACAUAGCUGCGUUGCGUAAACAUUGGCGCAAUUACAAGCGUCAGCAAAGGAAAAAGGCAGCCGAGAAACGCCAGAAAAUGGAAGCGAGCCCGAAGAAAAUGGAGGAGAGCCCGAAGAAAAUGGAGGAGAGCCCGAAGAAAAUGGAGGAGAGCCCGAAGAAAAUGGAGGAGAACAUCAAAGAGAAGGAAACGGAGGAGAAAUUUCCUCCAGAACUAUCUCUCCGGGCCCGGCUGGAAAGAUUUGCCUAUUCCAAAAACAGAGUGAAAGCGGACAGCCAGGAAGAACGAGCACCGGAUCCAAAGGUCUCCUCAUCAGAGGAGCUGCAUCAGAAAUGUACUGUGUGUGGGAAGAACUUCACCUAUGAUGGUCAGCUUACCGAUCACCAGAACCUGGACACUGAAGCGAAACCUCACAGAUGCAACGAAUGUCGGAAAUGAUUUCCGAAGAGAAGAUUUGAUUUAACGCACGUGCUUGCACAGUGUACAUCGCUCGUGAAAGAAGAUAGACAGCACUUCAAAACCACGUGGGACCUCUCUCCUGAUGAACCUCUUCCUUUGGGUAGCUGAGAAGGCCGACUUGUCAAUCUUCCUGCGAGCACGGUUUGAUCCGCAGAAAUGAGCAAUUUCUGAACAAGACGUUGCCGUUGCUUGAUUUCUGCAGAUCAAACACCCAGCAACAAUAACCUGUAUUUUUUUGCGUGGGGGGGGGACGGGCCGGCAAGCUGCUGACUGUACCGUCUUACAGAUCCUCCCCCCACCCCACCCCGAAACCCAGUCUUGGGUGUUGACGUCCUUUUGAGCAUUUGGAAAAUACAGAAAUAUUCUCCACAGACAUUGUAGGGUGGGAAGCCGGGAGGGGGGUCCGUCCGUUCUCGGCCGUCAGCCAAUAAUAGCAUAACCGUAUUUGAGAUACUGCAACCAUUUUUUCCCCAAAGUUUUGGUCCCCUUUCUGUGUCCCCUCUCAUUCUAUACUCCUUCGUGGGAAGAGAACUCACGUCGUCCCACACGAAGUCUGAUUUUCUGGGCCUCCCGGCAGAAUUCAAAACUCACUUUGACUUCACCGUCGCUUCAAGAAAAAGCUUGGAAGGAGAGUCGUUUUCAAGGAUUUGGAUAGUGGCAAAGUUACCUGGCGAGCAGUGAAUUACGAUAAUUGUUUAGUAUUUUUUUAAAAAAAGGCAAAUAGUUGUUUCUUUUAAAGAAAUCCAUUUGUGUCACAAUAGACUUUUCAUGUUUUGUAUCUUAGGUUCCCUGUUAAAAGUGAUGCCACACAAUUCCAUGUCAAGUAUGGAUAGGAAAGCUAUUAUCUAAAAUAUACAUUGUUUAAUAUUUUAACUUUGGGUCCCGUCCCCGUCCCCACUUAAUCAAUAGUAAGGAAAAGAGUGGAAUCCAAAAAAAGUAAGAAACUGGAAGCUGAAGGAGUUGUAUUGUUAAUAUGUCCACACAAGGAAUGGCAAAAGAGAUAUUGUACGUUACCUAUUGAGCCAAAAUGUAAUUUUUCAGAUUAGUUAUCUGUGUCCUGACAUUUUUAUAUAACCUGAAGGCUAGUUAAGACUAAGAUAGGCUUGCCCUGAGGUAUGCUCCUAAGUGGGCAUGUCUCACUCUUUAAAAAAAACCACCUCUUAGUAAAUAUACUCCAAAUAAAAUCUUUCACAGGCUUCACCUAGUAUGGAGUUGAGAGGGACAUUGGAGGAUUUUAGAUGUAAGACUUUCAGGUCUACUGCAGCAUCAGCAAAGGCCUUCGGCCCUUUGUCUUUCUCUGUGCAGCAGCCUCACCUGAGGAGAAACGGGACUCCUAACUUCUUCCUUUCAGUUUUAUUUUAAUCUGUCCUGGGUUGUUUCUGGCAAGGACGGCAGCCAUUUUUAGCAGGUGCAAAUGCUCUUCUCCCAUGCAGAAAGUUUUUUGACUUUUUUCCAAGUAACUUAAAACCUGAAUCGGACCAAGCAAACCAGCCAGUUCGGUGCUCACGGUCAAGAAACAGUCAAAAGAACUGAGUGGGUUGAGCUGGCAAGGGAAAAGAAUGAAGGAAUCCAGAAGAGGAAUGGCAGACAACCAGUUUGGGGCAAAAUAUUAGGGAAAACAGCUUUUU